GGCGAGUUCGCACGCCAACCGCGUCGACCCUCGUCGCCUGAUUCGAGUAAUGGCGGUUCUUUCUCGCGCGAUCGAAAAAUCAGUGCCGGCGAUGAUCCCCUUCCCCCUCCACCCCGCGAAACGACGCUGUGCCACGGUUACGAAAAAUGUCAGGAUUCUUCCGUGUUUUUUCUUAUUCCGAAUUCGGCGCGCGUUCGGCGUGGUCGAAUGUGGCCGUUUUCGAUUCCGAACGGCGCUCCUUCUCUUGCGGGAACGGAUUGCGGACGACGUCGCUCCGGCCUGGGAAUCGGGACACGAUUGAACGGUGUGAAGCCAGAAUCCGGAGUUUCGGAGGUUAUCGCGUAAAGGACAGGAAGUUACUGACCGUGGUUGACGGAAUUAAACUGUCUCGGCGUGACUGCGGCUCUUCAAUCACGCGCUAACGGUCGGUUAUCGUUCGAGGAAGAGGCGAUUAAAUUACGACGCCGCGCUUAUUUCCGCCGGAGAACAUGAUCGGUCCGCUUGCCGAAUGGCUGAUGUCGUGAAUGUUGGGAAAUAUUCAAAAGAUUGAUGCAUCUCAGAUAGCGCCACCGACUUGCCGGAUCGCAGUGCGCGCUUUCAUCGGAGGCCGCCACCUCCACGAUUUUGUGUCCCGCGUAUAUUUCGCGCCAUUCUGAAAUGUCAGUUGUCGGCCUUGAUCGUGAGGAUAGCGCGUAAAGUUGUUGUUGGAUCACCGUGCCGAUUACUGUCAUUAAGGGCCUUUUGUUGUACAAGAAACGUUAAACAUGUCGGAAUCCUCCAGCAAACGUAUAAACCCGGAAGAUACCAUCAGCAUCCUGGUAGCCACUGAUAUUCAUCUUGGCUUCGACUAUAGUAAACAGAGAGGAAGACAUUCUGAUGAUAGUUUCAUAACCUUCGAGGAAAUAUUGAAGCAUGCCAAAGAUAACGAGGUCGAUUGCAUUUUGCUGGGCGGAGAUUUGUUUCACGAUACGAAACCAUCGCAGACCGCGUUGCUCAAAUGCGUGGAAUUGCUGCGAAAAUAUUGCCUGGGUACCAGAGAAUGCACACUGGAAUUUCUGAGCGAUUCCGACUUGGUGUUUCGACACUGUGCGCAAAAGCAUGUGAAUUAUGAAGAUCCCAAUUUGAACGUUUCAAUACCAGUAUUUACCAUUCAUGGAAAUCACGAUGAUCCAAGUUUUGGUACUGUUGGAUCGAUGGAUGUGUUAUCAGCUACUGGACUAGUGAAUUAUUUUGGAAAAUGGACAGAUCUUACUAAUGUAGUUAUACCUCCCAUAAUUCUGAAGAAAAAUGACACUUACAUUGCACUCUAUGGUUUGAGUUAUAUUAAUGACCAAAGAUUAUCUAGAUUGUACAGGGACGACAAGGUGGAAUUACUACGUGCAAAAGAUAUGGAGACCUUCAACAUAUUUGUUUUACAUCAGAAUCGUGUCAAACACGGCGAUCAUGCUUAUAUACCUGAAGGUAAACUACAAAAGUUCCUUGAUCUAAUUAUUUGGGGUCAUGAACAUGAAUGUCGUAUUACUCCUGAGUUCAAUGCAGAAGGUGGAUACCAUAUUUGCCAGCCAGGGAGUUCCAUUGCCACCUCUUUGUGUGAAGGUGAAUCAAAAUCUAAACACGUGGGUCUUCUGAAAGUGAAUAAAAAGGAUUUUAAGAUGAAAAGCCUAAAAUUAAAGAGUACUCGACCAUUCGUUUUUGAUAACAUGAUUCUUCGCGAUCACGACAUCAAAAUAGGAGUCUCAAUAGCAGAAGCCGUAUGUCAGUACGUGGAUCAAUAUAUCGAAAAUAAUCUUAUGCCUAAAGUUGUUAAGCAACUUACAGGAUAUCCUGGUCAACCACUCCAACCUUUAAUUCGACUUAGAAUAUUCUACGAAGAUGACAAUCAAGUAUUUGAUACUCUAAGUUUAUCACGAAAGUAUUGCGAUGAGAUUGCCAAUCCCAUGGAGAUGAUUAUAUUCCGUAAAAUAAAAGGUGUGGAGAAAACAAGACUUGCCAUUAAAGAGGGACUUGAAGAUGUAGAAGAUAUCACAGAAUUAUUUCAAGGAAAUAUAGGGCAGGAUUGGACAAGGACUGUUCCGGGAGGAAUUAAGAAAUAUUUUGACAGGGAAGAGAAUAAAGACAAGUUAACAGUAUUAACCGUGACUUCAUUAAAUGAAGCGUUAAAUCGAUAUGUUGAUCUAGGCGAUAUAGAUGCCUUUAAGAACAUUGUAAGAGAUCAAAUGAAAAGAACUAUUGAUUACGUAAAGAAGCAAAACGCUACGACAGAGAAGGAUAUCCGUAAAGAGAUUAAAAACUUUUGCAACGAAAGACUUUCGGAAGAGCAACAGGAAAAGGACAAUGCUGUACGAAUAUUAAACGACGCAUCAAAGAAUCCAAAAAUUGGUCGACAAGCUCGCGAUGUGGGUGUAAUAAAUGAUAGUGAUGACAACAGUGAUGAUGUUAAUGUAACAACACAGAUUAAAACUAGAGGAAGAGGUAGAGGUUCCAGAGGUGGUAGAGGAUCCAGAGGGGGUCGUGGUCGCGGAAAAACCGAUGAAAGAAAUACCACAAAAACGAGCUCUAGAAACACGAAGUCGAACUCAAGUGCUGAACACUCUGUUAUUAUUGACUCCGAUUCUGACUAGUUACUAAGUAUUUUGCCAACAAAAACUACAAAUACACAUAUAUUAUUUUUACACAUAUAAAUAAAUGUAUAUUUGUACGGAAUAAAAAUGAAAGGAGAGAGA